CGUGUGGAACCGCAUGACUUAGACUCACGCCUAUUGUUCGCGUGCAGGGUUCGAUCAUGCAAGUCCUAAUGGCUCCGCUCUGUCUAUUCCAAGCACUUUCCCUGACGCCUCAGUCACAGUGCCUGCCACUCUCUGUGACUGCACUGCCACCACCUCCGGUGCACUUGACGCUGAGGAGGCCACAUGCCAACACGCUCGCCACAGAUCACUCGUUUUCAGAAAUAGCACUAUCUCGACAUACCCUCACCACGGCUAGUACUCUUUGUUUUCCAUCAUUAACGUAACCAGACCAUUCGCUGAAGCUGGGAGGCGUACAUCUUUCGCUAUUCAAACUCUAGAGUGGGGCCUCGGUGUGUACCUAAGAGGGUUGUUCGACUUUUUAUUGAACAUAUCGUCCGCGAGACCUAGCAUGUCGGCGUGAAGCGUCCACCGCUAUCAGUCCUAACUACCUCGAGAAGUGGUGUUCGCGGCCAUGGGGCGCGCGGUCUGGGGAUGUUUCUUCGCAUUCAUAGGCGUCUGCCUGCUGUACAUCGUCGUUGUAGGAAUUGGUAUACAUGUCACACCAGGCGGCACAGCGUCCGAGCGUCUCGAAAACGCGCAAUGGGUCGCGAGUGGAAGCUGGUGGGAUAGGCAAACGUGCAGGUGGGUGGAAGUGUGCGGAGCGUGGCACAUGGUACACAAGGGUGGCUGGACUUGGAAGGGUUAUAACGACAAGCGGCCAUCAGAGUCGCGCGACCUCACAUCCUUCUGGCAUUCCAGUAAUGAAGAUCCGUCUACGUGGUCGAAGAAGGAAAGACAACUGCGGGAGAUUCCGGCUUAUGUUUUGGACUAUGCACCAUACGUUCAUCUGUUCUCUGGAGAGCAGUAUUGGCCAAGUGAUAUUGCGGAGCAUCUAGUACAUUCAACUCCGAAGGUCAACUAUACUAUCGUUGCAAGCAUGAAGGAUGCCUGCAACCUAACCAAUUUGGACGAGCUAGAUCGAAUCGAUGGAGCAAUGCACGGCCGCUAUAUGUACCUGCAUAGCGAUGACAACGUAGAGGCAAUGCCGCAGUGGCUUACAAGCACCCAUAACAUUCCGACCCGCCGUCUUGGCCUGAAGGAGGCCAAGACGGACGGCGAGUGGUCAUACGAGGACGGCACUGUGGCGUCUGAUGAGCGUAGACCGUCGAAGGACUCAGAUCGCUCGAAACGAGCUAAGGCGAGCAUGGACGGCACGUGCGGCGGUGGCAACAGUUCCUGCGAUCCACUCCACGGCACUUGCGACGAUCCUCUGCGCCCGCUCAAUGGACCGCAUUUUGAUCUACGGAAAAGGACUGGGAAGCAAUUCUCCAGCCGUCCCAGAGUCAACCAAAACAGAACCACGGAUGGCAGAUCCAAUGCACCGGCGGUCCUCGUUGUCAUAGACAAAGGCUUUGGCGUCGUAGACGCCUUCUGGUUCUUCUUCUACUCGUUCAAUCUUGGCCAAGAGGUGUUCGGUAUCCGGUUCGGCAACCACGUCGGAGACUGGGAACACACCAUGAUCCGCUUCCGCAAUGGCACACCCGAAGCUGUGUACUUCUCCGAGCACGAUUUCGGCGAUGCGUACACCUGGGACGCGGUCGAAAAGUACCUACUAGAUCCCAACGGCACGGGAUUUCCGCGACCUGUCAUCUUCUCGGCGACGGGCUCGCAUGCCAUGUACGCACGUCCCGGUCUGCAUCCGUACAUUCUCCCUUUCGGUCUCCUGCACGAUCAAACAGACCGCGGUCCGCUUUGGGAUCCGAAAUUGAACUUCAAGUCCUUCACCUACGACGACAAAGCGCAGAUCCUCCGCGCAUCGAAGCUUAACCCGCAGGCACCGACCGGAUGGUUUGACUACGCUGGACACUGGGGCGAUAAGUACUACCCGCUAGGCGACCCAAGACAGUAUCGCUUAGCCGGCCAGUAUCACUACGUCAAUGGGCCCACCGGACCGAAAUUCAAGGCCUUAGGUAGAGAGACGGUGUGCGAGCGAGCAGGAAGGGAGUGCGUGGUCAAGGAUUAUAUCGGUGGACGUAUGCCGCCGAAGAAGCUAACGUCGAUUAUUGAAGGCGGUGAAGAAGGCGGUCUGCCGGGUGGGAAUAGGACAGAUUAG